GAGAGAGAGAGCAAGAUAAGCUGUCAUCACGCAGGUCUUAUAAAGGUGUUUUGAAAGUUUAUCGACGCAUGGAAGAAAAUCGUUCCUCUUCGUAAACACCCGAAGUACCAUGGACAGAUGUAUACAACAUAGUAGCUACAACAAGCGAAUAGGGGGGUUAAGAAAUAUGCUUCCUUUAGAGUUACUUGGCUUCCUUUCCGGCGGCGCUCUCAUUUUUUUCAGCAGUAGGCUGUCCCUUCUUCUUGACAUCUUGUUUUUUGGUAGUCUGAGUGUCGCUUUGCGCGGCCUUCUUCUUCGAUGACUUUGGAGACGACGUUGUCUUGUUAGCGCUACUUGAUUGUUUCUUGGUCAUGUCUUAUGAUGGGAACGACGGUUUGUAUGAAGCCUAUAGUAUGAGACGGCAAAAAAUGCGGAAAUAACUGAAGUUGUUGUAGUAUGAUCAGGAAGGAUUUAGGCUUAGCUACAGUGGCAUGCUUGCUUGAAG